AUGGCUUAUACAAUCAUCACUAAUCUUCUUAUUUUUUUGUGCUUGAUCUCGAUCACUAAAGCUGUACGCAACCUGAAUUCAAUCAACAAUCAGGAUGAGUCGCCGUCGUUGUUGGUUGAUCAGGUUGGCACAUGUAGCUUGCUGAUCGAGACACAAGGCUACACAUGUGAAGAACAUAAGGUGACGACUGAAGAUGGUUAUAUACUUAGCAUGCAACAUAUUCCAAAAGCACACAAUGGUACAAAGGCCGACAAGCCACCGGUUUUGUUACAACACGGGCUUCUUAUGGAUGGCGGGACGUGGGUUCUAAACGCUCCAGACGAGUCACUUGGGUUUAUUUUGGCAGAUAACGGGUUUGAUGUGUGGAUAGCGAACACACGUGGAACCAACUACAGUCGUGGUCAUACGUCACUUUGUCCUAGUGAUCCGGCCUAUUGGGAACGGUCAUGGGAUGAAUUAGUAACGUAUGAUCUUCCGGCAUCAAUACAAUUUGUGCGUGAUCAAACGGGCCAAAACCUACAUUAUGUUGGCCAUUCCUUGGGAACUUUGAUCGCCUUUUCAGCAUUUUCAAAAGACCAGACGUUGAACAUGUUGAGAUCAGCCGUGUUACUUAGCCCUAUCGCGUAUUUGGGUCAAAUGUCAUCGAGUCUCGCUAGAGCUGGUGCCAAUUUUUUCUUAGGCGAGACUUUAUAUUGGUUGGGUCUUCAUGAAUUUGCUCCAAGAGGGGAAGCAGUAGCUGGUCUUCUAAGCGUUAUAUGCAAGAAUCCAGGCGUUGAUUGUAGCGAUUUGAUGAAUUCGUUUACGGGACCAAACUGUUGUGUGAACUCGUCGAUGACCGGCAAGUUUCUGGAGCACGAACCGCAAUCCACCUCGACUAAGAACAUGAUCCAUCUUGCUCAAAUGAUCCGUAGCGGGACAAUAACAAUGUAUGAUUACGGCAAUGUCUAUGAUAACAAAAAGCACUAUGGACAGUUGACACCUCCUGUAUACGACAUGGGAAGCAUCCCAAAAGACUUCCCGAUGUACCUAAGUUAUGGAGGUCAGGAUGAGCUCUCGGACGUGCAAGACGUUAAGACGUUGCUUGAAAGUGUCAAGGAUCACGACCCGAAUAAGCUUGUUGUGCAGUACAAGGAGGAUUAUGCACAUGCCGAUUUUGUUUUUGGUGUAAACGCUAAAGAAGUUGUGUAUGAUCCUAUGAUUAAGUUCUUUAAGAACCAUUAGGAAAGGAACAUUACGCGUAAUAUGUGCAUAGUAUAAGCUUUUAUUAAUUAAUGGUGGAUUUUAAUUUUUGAAAA